GGAAUUUCCUAACAGAGUCAAAUCGCAGACCAAACGUAAUGGGAGCUGCGGAAACCAGCCCAGUCCACGAAGCCAAAACAGUAGAUUCGGUUCAGUACCCCAACUCCGUGGGGAGUGCCAAGCGUGUUCCUAUGAACUCUUUAACACUCCAAAACCAAGGCUUGUCCUUUACGACGACUCUCCCUGGACUACUCCUCUCUGGCUCUCUCUCAGCUCUUCAAUCUACACAGUUGUUGCCUUGUUCAUUUCAAUCCCCUUUGGAUUCUUCAUUGCUUCUACAGAAACAAAGAAUUAAAAACAAAUGAAUCAUAAAAGCAAGGCAUUUAUCUCAUAAAUACAUCAAGCCAGGUCUAGAUGAACUGUACUUUCGAUCAUUAAUAACUUUAUUUUUCUGGGUUUUAUAGUCCAUUUGUUACUCUAUCUUCUUUGAUCUCCUAGGUGAGCCCGUUAAGAACCAUGUGAUUAAGCAAAUGGGAGACAAGUAUAAGGAUUGUAGGAGCUGGGAAGAGGAAAUCUUUUGGACCCAUUUUCAGUCCAUUAAUUUCUCUCAAUUUCUCCGUGGUGAUUUUCUCCAGCGGCUUGAAGUACCCGAAAAGUUUACUAAGAAUAUCAAGAAAAAGCUUCCGGAAACUGUGACCCUUAAAGGUCCCGGCGGUAUCAUAUGGGAUGUAGGCGUGACAGAAGAUGAUGAUGCCUUGUUCUUUGAUCGUGGAUGGAAAAAUUUUGUAAAAGACCAUUCUUUGGUAGAGAAUGACUUUUUGAUCUUCAAGUUCAAUGGAGUGUCAAAUUUUGAUGUUUUGAUGUUUGAUGGCCGGAGCUUGUGUGAGAAGGCAUCUUCUUAUUUUGUGAGGAAGUGUGGGCAUACAGAAUUUGACAGCGGAUAUCAAACAGAAAGAAAGAUGAAUAAAAAUCCUGAUGAAAUUGUGUACAACUCUCCACAGUGUGGACUUGAAAGUAGACCAGAAAAAUCUCCUAAAAAUGACAUUGACAUGAGGCCACCAAGAGAACCUAUCAACUCGGCUGCUACUAAUAAGAAGAUGCGGAAUGUGGGUUCUUCUACUAGGUCCAUCCAUGCUAGGGAGAGCCUUGGAGGCGAAGAACUUUCUUCUUUUUCUGGAGAAGUGAAGGUCGAAACUGAGUUUGAACAUACAUCCAUGGAUGGAGAUGUCUUUUUCCCUCAGCAUGCAUCUUGUAAAAGGCCUGCGACUCAAGUUGAGAAAACAAAUGUCUUGUUAAUGGCACAGGAAGCAUUAGCCGAAGAGGGUUUUAUGGUACUUAUGAAGCCCACACAUGUAGAGAGACGGUUUUAUAUGUCAAUCCCUACUGCAUGGGUGGCUAAACAUCUCUCAAAAGAAAAUGCAGAUGUGAUUCUACGAAUUAACAAGCGUACAUGGAGGACCAGAUUUAACUAUCACAGAAGUCGUAAUUGUGGAGGGCUUUCUGGUGGUUGGAGGAAUUUUGUGAAUGACAACGACUUACAAGAACAUGAUGUGUGUGUAUUUGAGCCUGCCAAUAUUGGAAGAAAACCAAUCAUCCUGGAUGUUACCAUCUUCCACGUUCUGGAAGCAGCAGUUCCUCUGACCCAACUACACCCUGCCUCGUCCUAGAUCUUGUCCAAAAAUUCUUG